CUCGUGAACGCGAUCUAUGGUUAUCAACGCUAUACACCAUAGCUCGCGCUCGACAAGCAUCACCAACAAAGAGUCUUGAAAAUUUAUCUUCCACGUCUGGAAGCAUCCCCCGUGGUCAACAUCGUGCGCAGAAACGAGCUUCUAAUAUUUUGCCGUCAACUACGGAGAAGGACUCCUUUGCGGCAUCGACAAGGCCUUCGAAAUGCAUCGGACUCGUGUCGACGAUCGCUUUGGGGAUAGCCAUGCCCUUCUAAAUCCUAAUGAGUUUGAAGAUGCAUAUGACGAGUCUAGCAUGCAGUCCUCCUUCCAGGAAGGCAAACCCUCGGACGACACUGAGCGGAGUCCAAUGCAUGCUUUUGACACCGAAGAUUAUGUGCCAAAAUAUGUCGCCGCUCGGAAAGGCUACCUAGAACGUCUGCUCCAAGCUUUGAGUCUGAGAAGAGAUCGCACUGUUAAUGCUUCGACAUCAACUCCUGCACAAUCUUCCAAACUUUCGAGGACAGUCCGAACGAUAUUCAAUUAUCCCGAACCUGGCCUCAAACUCAGAAGCACGGCCUGGUUGGAUGGCCUCCGUGGACUAGCUGCUUUCGAAGUCUUCAUCUAUCACUACGCACGAGAAUGGGUCAACAGAGAUCCGGCUUGGGGUCCUACCAAAACCGAUGGCCUGGAUCCAGCUUGGUACAGAUUUCCAUUCAUUCGAACUUUUUACAAUGCCGGACAUGCGUCUGUCGCGGUUUUCUUCGCCAUCUCAGGAUAUGUCUUGUCACAUCGAGUUCUCACGCUUUGCGCACAACAACGCCACGAAGAAGCCUACGCCAGCCUCUCUUCUGCCAUCUUCCGUCGUGCUCUGAGAUUAUUCACUCCAGCUGCGAUUUGGACCUUUAUUGUCAUGUUCAUCUGCUGGCUAUGCGAUCCCUGGCUGCCGAAACCCGAUCCCUAUGUCAUCGAGCCAAAAUUGUGGAGGGAAAUUGGUGUCUGGGCUGGCAAGGUGCUCGACAUGUUGCUACCGGUCAACUAUCCGGAUCGCUGGACGGCUAUCAUGAAUCGUUACAGCGGAAACGUUACAUGGACGAUCUCUCUAGAAUACUACGGAUCACUCGUUGUCUACGGCGCCCUACUCUUCAUUUCCAGAACAAGGAGUUUCGUCGUCCGCCAAUCUCUCGUCUACUUCAUGGUCGCACUCAGCUUUCUCAAAGAUGACUGGAUCGCCGGUCAAUUCCUAUUGGGUCUGGCCUUUGCUGACCGUCAAAUACAUAACGAGAGGAUACAACUCUCAGACGCUGCACCUUACGCGAAAAGUUCUAGAAAGUUUGCUAGGAAAGCUUUCUAUUAUGGCGUGUUCAUCUUCGGCUGGUUUCUCGCUGGAUUGCCCAUGGUACGACCGAAGGCUGGAAAAGAUGAGAACGAUUUCCCGGUCGAGUCGCGCCCCUUCUUUGACAUUGUCGGUCAACCUUUGGCAUGGAUUGGUGGAUAUCACAACCGUCAAGGAGACCAGUACUUAUAUGCACUAGCUGGCAUCUGCUUACUAGUCGGAAUUGGGGAGACCAACAUCAAAAGCUUCAUGGAAAUCCGGUUCGUGCAGUACUUGGGCAAAAUCUCCUUUGGAUUCUACUUGGUACACGUACCAAUCCGAGCGUGGCUGGGCGCUCUGGACCCCAUCUAUUUCGGCGUCAUGGGCUUACCCUUCAUCCCUUGGGACAAGCGCGAGGAGAACUUCACAUUAUUCUGUGUAUGGAUGCUUCGUAUGGGUCCUGCGAUUCUCAUCAAUCUGAUUGUGGGCGGCUUGUUUGAGCGUUUUGUGGAUAGACCACUGAUACAUUUCAGCCGGCGGUUUGAGCAGUGGUGCUUGUCAUUUGGUCAGAAGCCUGAGGUGCUUUCAUUAUCACAUCAUCAGCAGAACGAGCCGGCUGAACAAUCACCAGCGCCGAUACUGGUAUCCGGCUCGCAAAUAUGAGAUUCAUACACUGUACGAUAGCAUGAUUACUACAUCCCAACGUUGUCUUUUCUCUCG